AUGUCAAAUAUACUGGAGAUGUUCCCCUUUGAGAUAAAUGUCUUAUUCCUUGAACAGUACUUGGUUGAGACAAAUGAUAUAUUGAACUAUUUGCAAGUUGUCCCUUCAAUGAACGCUCAUUUCAAGGCUAAUUUUAAGGUGGUUACUGAUAAAAUCAAUCAUAGCAAAUAUGAUAACUUACCAGAAGGUUGUAUUAUAUCUUGUGAAGACUCUGAGCAGCUAUGCAAUGCUUUGAGAGAACCUCAAAAGUUCAAGGGUAUUGUCUUAAUGGAAUUUCAUGACUAUGAUCAAUUUGAUGUGGAUAAUAUUUUUGAAGCGGUUCACGAACAAACAAUAUUCAGAUACACCUUUUAUGGCGAUUUUGUUGAGUGUUACUCCUAUUCUCCUCAAUCGAUACUGGAUGUUUUUCUCGAUUUAGAUUUGAAUCAUAGAAUAUCUCACAUUAGUUUCCCUGAUGUUGAGGUACUAUCUCCAUUCGAUCAUUUGCCAACUCCAAAAUUUGAGAUCAAUUUUCAAAAAUUGAAGAAUAUUGAAUAUUGUGUGUCCGAAGAAUACGGUGAGACCUUUUGCUUCAAUAUUGAGAAUUGUAAAGCCCUGGAAACUUUAUCUCUUGAGGAUUUACAUGCCGAGUUUACAUUCCCCAAAUCAUUUGUUUUUCCUAAGAACCUAGAGAUAACUUCAUGUAUGUCAUCUUCCAUGGGGUUCGAAUCACCAUGGUUCUUCAAAUCACAAUGGGUUCAAAAUUUAGAAUACUUACGGCUUGAAGAUUCAAGACAUAGGCAUCAAACCCCCAUUUCAAUGAUUGAUUUGACCUUCCCGAAAUUGAAAGAGAUUGAAUUAAUCUGGAACUCAAGUACGGAUACCAUUUUCCAAAAUUUCACAGCAGACUCAUUAAGAACAAUUUCCAUUUCUUCAGAAGAAGAUAAUGUGAUUAUUGAUGGCUUCAGGGCACAAAAUAUAGAAAAGUUUACACUUUUAGCAAAAUCUUGUAUCAUUGAGAAUUUUGAAGAGAUCACCCAUCUUGAGGAUUUUGAAAUUGAUGUGGAACAAAUUCCAAAGUUCAAUUCUGUUGAAGAGAGGAGGAAAUAUAUGAACAACAGUUGGUCUUUUCUAAGAAUGGCUAAAAAGGGAUCAGUCACAAGAUACAAACACAUCUUACGAGGGUUGGAAAUGGUUAAUCUAGAAGAAUUAGAAUUGUUAGAAAUUAAGUGUGUUUCUCUAUCUUUUGAACCAGAUAACAUUACUCAAUUUCCCUCGUUGAAAAGUCUUUCUAUAGACGGAUAUUGUGAUGGUAAAUACGGAGUAAUUUCUGAAAAAACUGCCCCCUUUAGAUUCAAUGCUCCACAUCUCAAGUUCUUAAACCUUGGAUGUAGGAUCAGUACCCCCGACUUUUAUGGAUACAUCAGUCGAAACUUCCCUGAACUUUCUGAACUAAUUGUAUCUUAUAAUAAAGAUAUUGGAUAUCCAAGGCCUAAGCCUUUAACUAUUGAUAAUGCAGUUUUCAAAAAUCUUGAAAGUUUAAAGUUUUCAUUGUGUGAACGUUCAAUAAUAUUAUCAAAGUGUGUGUUUCCAAGACUGAAAACUUUGGAAUUGUUCAAUAACGGGAAACCCAUUAAGAAACUAGAGCUCAAACUAGUCAAGGCACCAAGAUUGAAAGAAUUAACCAUUGAAAAUUACAACAUUCUAUCAAUCGGAAUUACAUUUAAAAAUAAAAUCUUUCCCAAAUUGAAAUCAAUCAAAAUAAAGAACUGUCAGGUACCCACAGGGAUAGAGAUUGCACCUUCUAAAGGUUUGCAAAAUAUUGAUGUGAAAAUUUUAUACAAAAACAACACAUGA